AUGGAGCCCGGAGGCACAAUCGCAACAUGGCAACAGGCCUUUGAAGAGUAUCGCAUUCCCGCAACUCGGGCGAUCGAGAAACAAUUGCGCGCAAGCGUGACGCGCGAUAAAGAGAAGUUACGCGCACUUGUCGGGGGGAGCUAUCGCGAGUUACUGGCCACAGCGGAAGCAAUCGUGGCCUUGGACGCGAAAACAAAGGCAGCGGAGGAACACAUUUCGACCAUCAGUCAUAAUUGUCGCCCGCCGCCACAUGACUUGUCUGCUCGACCUCCUUCCUCCAACAAGGCCGCACUAGCCCAACUACGACUGUUACAGCGAUGUUGCACGACAUCGGCAACAGCCUUGCGGGCCCAGAAUAUUUUGCAAUGUGCCCAGUUGAUUGUUAUUUCUCGCUUGCUGUUGAAGUCCUUGGGGGAUCAGCAGGGACUGGCGCGGAGCCUAGAGAUCUUGACAAACAAAAUCAGCCUACUACGACGCCGACUUCUUCGACAGGUGGAUGCUAAACUACUGAACCCUCUCUCUACACGCUCGGAUGUUCUCGACUCUCUCUGUUCUUAUUGUCUGGUCACUAGUGUCUCCUCGGAAGAUGCCCUGGCAUAUUUCCGCCAGCUCAGACUCGACAAGAUCCGGCGACAGUUGACGAAGUCUGGUGAUCGAUAUACGAUUUGCGACGCUCUUCGAUAUCAGAUAGAGUCUUUGCAGACAUUCAAGUCCUUGACAGGACGCCCUAUCGCCGACGCAAUGAACAAUCUCCAGAGAAGACCGAUUUUGGCGGAUGCCACCAUCAAAGAACUCGAGCUGUUAGACCUCGACACCGUUUGGUCACUACUACCCGUUGAGAUUCAUACUUUUGUCCCUUACUUCAAACGAAUUACUUUGUCUCCGGAAGAGAUGCGAUCUAGAUUGGAGGCAUGGUCUGUCGAAGCAUCCCGAGUGCUGUCCGCCGCACUAGACAGUCACCUCUCGAACAUGACUAAUGUCACAGACGUCUUAGAAUUCAGGAAAGAACUCUAUACGAUUCUACUGCCUUCAUACUUCUCUGUUCCUGCAAGUGCAGACAUUGCAGCACAGAUCAGACACUGCCUCAAUCAACGGUUAACCGCCAUAUGUCAGACGCAAGGCUCACGGCUGAAUGAUAUUACGAAAUUAUUGCUGGAAGGAACAAAUGCAGAAGACUCCGCCAAGUCAUUAUGGGAUGCUGAUUUGGCUCAAGCAAGCUUGAGCAAUGGAGGUUCCAGAUUCAUCAAGCAGGUCAAAAAUCGACAUGCCGGCCUCAAUCGAGUGUUGUCGAAGGCUGCACGGAUGCUGGACGCAUGGAUAUUGUCUGUUAACGCCACUCAAAAUCAAAUCGAUGAACUGCCGAAGAUACGUUGGCGGGACAUCGUGGAAGAGCCGGAGGAAGAACAAGAAGAUGAUGCUUCAAGGCUGAUCAGAGGCCUUUCCGAAACGGACAGGGAGGCCUAUAGCAGGGAGCUGCAAGAAGCACUGCGCGUAUCUUUGUCGGAAUAUGAGAAGAGCAUGGUGGAGGCUGCAUCCCUGAUAGCUGAUGAUGCGUCCAGUGUUUACAGAGCCGUGACACUCCUACGCUCGAUACGAACAUCCCUUGUGGCAUUACAACGAGCCUUUCCGGAUGACACACGUUUCGACGAUCUAGACGCCAUUGUGCCAAAGUUACAUGAGGUUGUCGCCAACGAGAUUGCUCGCCAACUGUCUCAAUCGACUCGACAGGGCAGAAAGUCGGACAAAUUGAUCGAGGCUGCAUUGCCGGAAAAGAUGCCUUCCCCUGCAGCUUUUUCAACAUUACGACGACUAUGCCAGAUCAUGCUUGACAUUGGUGGUACCGACCUAUGGUCUCCUCCUGCUGUGCACGCCAUGAAGAAGGCUAUUCGCCACCAGGUCUCUGAUGCUGGACAGAAAUCGAACUACGCCAGAAACGAGUUUGAUGAAGCCUAUCUAGGCGCUGCACUAGGACAUGUCCUCCCGGAACAUUCUUCGAAAGACGCAGGUUCUGAUAUGACUGCCCGAGCCGCGGCCGAGUAUUGGAAAAGGACAAAGUCGUUGUUCGGCGUGCUUGGCUAG